AUGGAGAUCCAUUCAGUGCUGCCUGAAGAACGGGCGAGAGACCAAAAAGGCGAGCCUCUCCCAUGGGGCUACCGCUAUGCCGACUCCGCCAGGAAUGCCCGUCAACCUGAAGAGAGCGGCCCAUUCGGCCGCAACCGCAGUCUAAAAGUCACUGGAUCACGAACCCCACGGUCAAGGACGGGCACGACGCCAGUGCGACAGAAGGAGAAUUCUGCGGUGGCUGAUUUCGGCCGGUUAUUCGCCAAAGAGCAGGCCAAAGAGGAGGAGAGGACCAAGAGCACGCUGACCACCCCUGCUGGUACCACGGCCUCAGGCGAAGCAGCCCGACCGACCCUCGAGCCCGAAGCCGUGCCAACGGAAUGUCUGCUCUACGGCUACGCGUCCAAGGCGUCCGAAUGGAAAGUCCUGUCCAAGUUCGAACAGAUUGUCACGCCGGGGUUCAUCUGCGAAGACUAUCCGCGCGAAAACCCAACCUUGUUCCUUUCGUCAAGUUCGCCCGUCAGCCUGGCCAGAUCGUCGGCGGCGAGGCGCGAAAACCUGAGUCGCGAAGCAAUCAGGAAGAGCAGGAUAUACAACGGCGGCCAGCACUGGAUCAAAGUCACCUUCGACUCAUACCAGGCGGCGGAAAAGGCGUGUUUCUUCAGUCCAAUCGAGAUUGACGGCUACGAGGUCCAUUGCGAGAUGUGGCACGGUAAAGGGCCUGGUGCGGACGUGGCCAUCCCGAAAGGACCUCUGGGAACAACGGAGCAGUCGAAUCUUCUUCUUCCUCCGCAGCAAGCGGAUUCCAGUCGCAAGUCUAGGACACUGAGCGCCUCUCCGUCAACCAGGUUGACCGGGAAAGAUUCGGCUAUUGCAGGCUUUGAGCGAGUCCUGCAGACCCUGCCUCGCUCGCACACCAUGCCUGACGUACAAUACGGGCAGCUUGCGAACGUGUUCGAUGACGAGCUGUCCUUUACAUCUACGACUGCAUCGUCAGCAACGGCCGCAGAGCUGGCUCCUCCCCCGGCGCCGUCUUCUUCUGGUCUACGAUCCCGGUCUGCCCCUCAACUGCCAUUGACCGCCUCCAACGGCUCCUCCUCUAACCAGCGAGGAUUCCAACAAGCGACCACCACCGACUCGGAAUACAUGACACACAUCAAAGUCAAGAAAGCGGUGCUGCGCCCCAUCUCCGAAGCUCUGCCUCCUCAGCCGACGUUGGCCGAACGGGUUCUUAGAAGCAUCCCCGUUGUGACGUGGUUCGUGGGCAGCAAACAAGGUGCUCCGGGCGACAUUAUCGGCGAGGGCCCGUUGCUGAGGGAGGAUGGCUCCUGGGACCCAGCUAAUGGCUGGUACUGGACCUUCUGGCAUUCGGUGGACGGCUGGCUCGGCACGGACUUUUGUGGUCUCAAGGACGAUUGA